UCAGGUUAGAUUAGGUUAUGUUCAUGUGAAAUUUGUAAAUAAACAAACGGCGCUCGAUUCGUAUUGGUGUGCAGUGCAGUGUGCAAGUGAAACGAGUGAAACUACCACCAGCACGUUUAAAAGAUGAGCAAGGAAGCAGAGCCGCCUCCACUGAAGAGAUAUCGGAAAGAGGAAGAUAAGGAUGCGAGGGGACGAAACAACCACAGUGAUUCAGAUGACGAUGAAUACGUGCCGUACGUUCCUAUCAAGGAGAGGAAAAAGCAGCAGCUGGUCAAGCUAGGCAGAAUCGGACAGCUUAAGGAUGAUCAGAGUAAGCCAAAGUCGUCCAGCGAAAACGAGACGAACGACGAUGAGGACGAGGUGGAGGUGUGGGGCAGAAAGUACAACAUUUCGUUGCUAGAUCAGCACACGGAGCUGAAGAAAUUGGCUGAAGCGAAAAAGGUGAGUGCAGCAGAGAGACAGCUGCGAAAGGAGGAGGAGAUCCUGGAGAGCGUCGCAGAGAAGAAGGCACUGAUGGGUGUGUCCGAGCUGGCCAAGGGUAUCCAGUACAACGAUCCGAUUAAGACGAGCUGGAGGCCACCGAGAUUCGUGAACGAGAUGAGCGAGGAGAGACACGAACGUGUUAGACGUGAGCUGCGCAUCCUGGUCGAGGGGGAGAGCAUCCCGGCGCCUCUGACCACGUUCCGUCAGAUGAAACUGCAUGCGAGCAUCGUCGCCGCAUUGGAGGGACGCGGUAUCAAAAGUCCGACGCCGAUCCAGGUGCAGGGCAUCCCGACGGUGCUCGCAGGUCGCGAUCUGAUCGGUAUCGCCUUCACCGGUUCGGGGAAGACUCUCGUCUUCGUGCUGCCCAUAGUCAUGUUCUGCUUGGAGCAGGAGGUGAAACUGCCGUUCAUCAAGAACGAGGGUCCGUACGGCCUGAUCAUCUGUCCGUCCCGAGAACUCGCCAAGCAGACCUUCGACAUUAUCCAGGGUUUCUGCGCAGGACUUCGGAAGAACGGCAUGCCAGAGAUUCGCAGCUGCUUGGCAAUAGGCGGGGUGCCCGUCUCCGAGUGCAUCGAAAUAAUACAGAGGGGAGUUCACAUAAUGGUUGCAACGCCCGGUCGACUCAUGGACAUGCUCGAGAAGAAAACCGUUCGACUCGGUGUUUGCCGGUAUCUUUGCAUGGACGAGGCGGACAGGAUGAUCGACCUGGGCUUCGAGGAGGACGUCCGUACAAUCUUUUCCUAUUUCAAUGGUCAACGACAGACGCUUCUCUUUUCGGCGACGAUGCCGAAGAAGAUACAGAACUUUGCGCGUUCGGCGCUCGUGAAGCCGGUCACGAUCAACGUGGGACGGGCCGGUGCCGCCUCGAUGAACGUCGUCCAGGAGGUCGAGUACGUGAAGCAGGAGGCCAAGAUCGUGUACCUGCUCGAAUGUUUGCAAAAGACGCCGCCGCCGGUGCUCAUCUUCGCCGAGAAGAAGCAGGACGUGGACGCCAUCCACGAGUACCUGCUGCUCAAGGGCGUCGAGGCGGUCGCGAUUCACGGCGGCAAGGACCAGGAGGAACGUUCCAGAUCGGUGGAGGCAUUCCGGAAGCAGCAGAAGGACGUGCUCGUUGCGACGGACGUCGCCUCCAAGGGUCUCGAUUUCGCGGACGUGCAGCACGUCAUCAAUUACGAUAUGCCCGACGACGUGGAGAACUACGUGCACAGGAUCGGACGUACGGGCAGAUCCGGUAAGCAGGGCGUCGCGACGACGUUCAUCAACAAGGCGAACGACGAGUCCGUGCUGCUCGAUCUGAAGCAUCUGCUGAUCGAGGCCAAGCAGAAGGUGCCCCAAUUCCUGGCAGAUCUCUGCUCCGAGAACGAGAAGUACCUGAACCUGGGCGACGACAAAGGUUGCGCCUACUGCGGCGGUCUCGGCCAUCGCAUCACCGACUGCCCCAAACUGGAAGCGCUCCAAAACAAGCAGGCCUCGAACAUCGGAAGACGCGAUUACCUCGCCAACACCGCCGCAGACUAUUAACCCUUGCUCCUGUCGUUUCGAACAAUCAUUUAUUUGGAAAUACUACCACUA